AUGGGUAUCGGGAAAUAUCGGGAAUAUCGGCAAAAUAUCGGGGAUAUCGCACUUAUCGGGGAUAUAUCGUCGAUAUCGGGGAAGAUAUGGCCUUACCCCCCAAUAUCGGGGAAGAUAUGGCCUUACCCUCCAAUAUCGGUGUCGACAGUUCAAAAUAUCGAUAUAUCGGUGUAUCGGCCGAUAUUUCAAUCCUUGGCAUCAGGCAUGUCAAUCAAUUUAAUAAACUAUAUCUAA